UUCCCGACAGUUUGCUUUGUCAUUAUCAUAUCCUCUUUCAUAAUCCUCGAUCGCCUCCUACCCAUAUAUACAUGACUAGAUUUCCAUUUCCAUUUUCAUUUCCAUUUACUUACUAGCUGGAGCUGCAGAGAAAUUCCAAUCAGAGUUAUGGAGGGAGCUGUCAAAUUGGACAGGUGGGGUUACCAAGUUAAUACCACUUCUGAUGCUUGCAUCACUGCCAUCAACGCCUAUUAUCACCAGGUGCUAAGCUAUGGGAGAGAGAGACGUAUGAUUCUGGAUGCUCCUCUUCAUGACCAUGAUUGCGUAUUAGCCAAUAUUUUGGCUGCUCAUUUCCUCUUCUCUGCCGAUCCUUCUCGAGCUCCUUUCCAUUUCCAAGCUGCCAAGUCUCGACUUGCACAAGCAACCCCAUAUGAGAGAGCGGUUUUUGAAGCGAUUAAUUCCUUGGUUUCUGAGAACAGAGACGAUGAUGUUGCCAUCGAAAGUCAUGCGAAGCUCUUGAAUGACUACCCAAAAGAUCUGGUGUCUCUGAAAAGGGCUCAAGUGCUGUGUUUCUACAUGGGUAGACCUGAUCUGUCUCUGGACCUCGUUCAUCAGGUUCUACCCAAAAAUGAACAAGAAGAUUAUAUAUAUGGCAUGCUGGCUUUUCCAUUACUGGAGCUGGGCCGAAUGGCUGAUGCUGAGAAAGCUGCAAGAAAGGGAUAUGAAAAAAACAAGCAGGAUUGCUGGGCACAACAUGCUGUAUGCCAUGUUCUUCAGUAUGAGUGCCGUUUCAAAGAGGCAGUAGAGUUCAUGGAAGGAUGCUCGUCUUCUUGGAAUUCUUGUUCAUCAUUUAUGCUGACACAUAAUUGGUGGCAUGUAGCUCUUUGUUACUUAGAAGGUCAUGCUUCAAUGGAAGAAGUGUUGGGAGUUUAUGAUCAUCAAAUCUGGAAGGAGUUAGAAAGAGAUGAUGCCGCAUCUCCGGAGGUUUACUUGAAUGCCUUGGGUUUAUUGUUGCGUGUUCAUGUGCGCAAUACACUUGAUAUCUUUGAGGACCGUUUGAAGGCCUUAGCAGACAGAGUAAAAGAUGAAGCCAAUUGGCAUGUUGAAUGGCACCUUGACCUGUUGAUAUCAUGGGCCUUAGCAAAGACUGGCGAGCUAUCAAAAGCAGAAGAUUUACUUAAGGGCUUAAAAUCCAGAAUUUCUAGUAUGAACAAGAAGAAGCAACAAAGAAUGCGGAGAGGAAUGCUGCUUGCAGAAGCCCUGUAUGAGUAUGGGAGGGGUAACAACAAACAAGCAUUAGAAGUACUAGGUCCUGAUUUUGAUGCCAAUGAUUGCAAGAUGAUUGGAGCAUCUGAUGAGCAACUUGAUGUAUUUAAUGAAGUCUGGUAUGACAUGUUGCUCAGUACUGGCCAAGCUACCAAGGCAAUUGAAGUAAUUGAGAAACGGAUCAAGAAGAGAGAAGGCGUCCCUUUCAUGUGGCGCCUACUGGAAAGGGGCUAUGCAAUGACCGGUAGUCAGGAAGCUGAAGUUGCCAGUGAGAAGGCUAGGGCAUUAGAAGCUGCAUACUUCGUUUAGAGGGUAUGAGAAUGCAGCCAAUUCAAGUAUUCUGCAUUGCUUCAUUAGCAGUUAGAAAAGUGUGGAAUCAUCGUUCUCCAACUUAUCUGAUCUUUUUUGAUAAUGAAAGUAAACCCUACUUGUUAAAGAUGCUUAUUCUUAUAUUAGCAUGGUCUAAACAGAUGCUUCAAUUAGAAUUCCACAACUAAUACAUAAUUUGAAAGUGCAAAUUGAAUAAAAAUGUCCUGUCUUGUAUC